AUGUCCGGCGAAGCCCGCGACGCCGCCAUCCGCGACGCAAAACGACACGUCGCCGACGUCGUCCGCAACGACUGGACCUUCCAGCCCUCCUGCCCGGCCUCAGGCGCCGCCGCCCUCCCGCACCAGCCCUGGCUCGGCUGGCGGCUGCGCGAAUACGACAGCUCCGGCUCCGAGUUGGAGCCGCAGCUGAGCCCGACAGAGGUCGGGAGUCCGUUGAGUGAGGACGGUGGGGACUCGGAGGAGAGGGCGCGCGAGCGCCGUCGGCUGCGUCGCCGGCUGGCGGAGGAGGAGGAGAUGCGUUGGAAUCCCGGGCUGAGGACGUGGGUGGAGCGGCGGGAUGCGUGGACGGGGGCGCGGUCGGCGGAGGAGGUCAGGGCGCUGGAGAGGGGGGAGGAUGGGGAUGAGGGCUUGGGCUUGGGCUUGAAGUCGAGGUCGAGGUCGAGGUCGGGGUCGGGGUCAGGGUCGAUGUCGGGGUCGAUGUCGAACUUGGGUUCUGGCUCUGGCUCGCCUGGUCUGGCUGCGCGGACGGAGGCGUCGCUGGCGAUUGCGGAGGGCGAGUCGCACCUGGGAAAGGGGGAGGCGGAGCAGAGUCAGACGCUCGAUGACGGCGCGAAGGAGUCGACGGAGACGACCCUGACGGUGCCGAAGCCGUCGCAUGAAGAGAGCCAGGAGUCGGCGCCGGCAACCGCGGAUGCAAAUGCGAACACGAACACGACGACGACAACGACAACAACACCAACGGCCGUGACGCCGACGCUGCCACCCAGCCAGGUCCGCGAUCCGCUCAUCCCCCUCGCCCCCUCGCUGAUCCCGCUGUCCAACCCCGUGCGCGCCUCGAUCACCCCAACCAUGUACCCGUCCAUCUACUCCAAGGUCGUGGUGCAGGGCCUCACGCCCACGGUGCCCAUCAACCUCGCGGACCUGGUCAAGGCGAUGGUGCAGGGCUGGAAAUCCGACGGCCAGUGGCCGCCGAAGCCCACCUCCAUCGUCCUGCAGGACGACUCGAUCGUGCACAAGCCCGCCAGCGCCGCCGCCGCCCUUGACAACAACAACAAGCAAGCGCAGGCGUCGCCCGAGUCCAAGAAACGCUCCAGCGUCGCCAGCGCCGUCAAGAAGGUCUUCCAGUUCUCUGGGUUCCAUCCGCAUCCGUUCCACCGCCGGGGCUCAAGUCACGGGAAUCAUGGCGGCCACCCGGAGCUGCACGACGGGCAUGCGAAGGACGCGGCGCCGGCCGCGUCGAGUCCCCCAGGCGGUGCUGGGUAUUUCAAAUAA